ACGCGGUUCCCUCCUUUUGAACUUCCACCACCAAACACUACACGUUAUCUCUCUUCAACCUUUGACAUAUAGACCUUGAAACCACCCAUGUCUUCACCUCAUCUCAAUCCUCACAUCUCCUCCUCCAUCAUUGCACAUCUCUAAUUUCUCCAUUUUCUUCAAGCUCAUACGAGACACACCUCUUCUUGUUCUGAUAGUUUGUUCUUGAGAAGUUUGAGCAAAGACCCGCUUCGAUCGAAGUGAUUGUUUUUUCGUGUUCGAUGGCACCUAGUACUAUCCGAAAGGCAAUCGGGGCCGUCAAGGACCAGACGAGCAUCAGCAUCGCCAAGGUCUCGAACAACAUGGCGGUGGAGCUCGAGAUCCUGGUGGUGAAAGCCACCAGCCACGAUGAGGACCCUGCCGACGAGAGGCACGUCAGGGAGAUCCUGGCCUUCACCGCGCACUCCAAAGGGUACCUGGAGACUUGUAUUGCCCUGAUCUCGAAGCGGUUGAGCAAGACGCGGGAUUGGAUGGUGGCCCUCAAGGCUCUCCUGCUCAUACACCGGAUAGUGGUUGAUGGCCAUCCCAAUUUCGGAGAUAAGAUCGUCUAUGCUUCUCGCCACGGGAUGCGGCUGCUCAACAUGUCGCACUUCCGGGAUGAGGCGCACUCGAAUUCGGGGGACCAUUCGAGUUUCGUGAGGUUCUACGCCAUGUAUCUCGAGGAGAAGGUUGAGUUUUCGGUGUUUGAUAAGAGACAGGAUGGUGGCGGUGGUGGUGCUGAGGGUAAAUAUGAAGAGAGACAUGAAUUUGAUCAAGACAGGAGGUCCAGUCCAGCGAAGAAAGAGGUCGUGUCAAUCAAAGAAAUGAGGCCGGAGAGACUUUUGGUCAGGUUGAAUCACCAACUGAGAAUUCUUGACCGGGUUUUGGCUUGCAGGGCGGCCGGAGCGGCCAAGACUAGUCGAUUGGUGCUCGUCGCGCUCUACCUGGUGUUGAAGGAAAGCUUCGGGCUGUACGGCGAGAUUAGCGAGGCCUUGGAGGUGUUUCAAGAUCGAUUUGCCUUGAUGGAAUAUGGGGACUGCCUCAAGGCCUUUGAUGCUUACGUCGGUGCGGCAAAGUUGAUCGAUGAGCUCAUGGGGCACUAUAAUUGGUGCAGGGACGCGGGGAUAGCGCGGAUGUCCGAGUUUCCUGAAGUGCAGAGAGUUUCUGAUGAAGUCCUGAGAACUCUUGAUGGGCAGCUGAAGGAGAUGAACCAGAACAGACCAAGCAAGAAUAGCCCCGAGAGAAUUGGGGAAGCGAAUCUUAACCCACCAGUCGAGGAUCCGAAUAUGAACGAGAUAAAGGCGCUUCCUGCUCCGGAGAAUCACAUGCCCCCCACACCUCUGGUCGAACCCCAACCCGAGCCGCAGCCUCAGCAUGCCACAGGAGAACUGAUUGAUCUAACAGAUGAUGGCAUUUCGGCUGACGAGCAGGGCAACAAGUUGGCUGUGGCCUUGUUCUCAGGCGCACCAAAUGCAACAACUAACGGGUCAUGGGAAGCAUUCGCAUUGAACGGACAGCCCGAGGCUAAUUCAGCAUGGGACACGCCGGCGGCAGAUGAAACUAAAGCCGAUUGGGAACUACUUCUAGUCGAAACGGCUAGCAACCUAGCGAAGCAACAAGCCGACAUGGCAGGUGGAUUCGAUCCCUUGCUCUUGAACGGCAUGUACGAUCAGGGGGCCGUGAGGCAGCAUGUGAGCGCCGACCAAUCUAGCGCAGGCAGCGCGAGCAGCGUGGCCUCCCAGGUAGUCCCGGGCAAGGCCGAGAACCGGGUCCUGGCGUUGCCGGCCCCAGACGGGACGGUCCAACCGGUGGGCCCUCAGGACCCGUUCUCAGCAUCGCUCCCGCAGCCGCCGCCUCCUUACGUGCAGAUGGCGGACGUCGGGAGGAAGCAGCAGUUGCUGGUGCAGGAGCAGCAGAUGUGGGAGAGCCACGGGUGGGAGGGGACGAUGCAAGGGCAUCAGGUGGGUUCAGGUUACUACAAUGGUUCUGUUCCUGGGAACAUGGCGAUGCCUUACGGGAUGCCGCAAGGAGGAUUCUAUUACACGACCUAAUUUGUGUUUCGUCAUUUUUUGGACCAUUUUUGUUCCUUUUUAAUUCUUUUUUUGGGGGGAAGUUUUUCUUGUGAAAUUAAGUGUCGUCGCGUCAGAAGGAAGGGAGUGUAAUUAUAUGCAGCAUUUGGGGUAAUCUCGAGUUUUCAUGUUGUAAAAUAUAUGAAUGUGUAAGUCAUUCAUUCAGAUUAAAAUUGUUGAA